CUGGCCUGGCCUGUUAGUGAGGCACUUGCUUCGUUUGAAUUGCUAUUCCGUCGAGCCCUACAGUGUCUACCGAAUGAAGAUGUUGAAGCUCAACGGCGAUUUCGAUUCCGUGACGACAGCCUUUCUUGUGUUAUAGGAAGACUCAUUAUAAGGUGCACCAAGCAGUUUUUCUUCCUUCCAAGGUACACCUACAAUGUGGCCACCCAAUUUGAACGUGUAGGGAUCCCGCAAAACCACGACCAUCAUCAUUUCGCUUGGGGGAAUGGAUUUCCAGGUGUGGAUGUGAUGCGGAUAGAUGAAUCUCGUGGGGAAACAGCAACUGAUCAUAUCAAUUUUAUGUCAAAAUUGUUCUCUGAUGGUGAGCUUAAGAUGAUGCGG